AUGGAGAAAAAACAGAAGAAAAGCAUGAGGCAACGCUGUGCUCUCAAACAUGGAAUAUUCAAGGAAUUCCUGGCAGAAUUCCUGGGGACAUUUGUCUUGGUUUUGUUCGGCUGUGGCUCAGUCGCUCAGACCGUCCUCAGUCGAAACACCCUGGGCGAGCCUCUCACCGUCCACAUCGGCUUCUCCGUGGGCCUGAUGAUGGCGGCGUACGUGGCCGGUGGAGUGUCAGGGGGCCAUGUGAACCCUGCUGUUUCCCUGGCCAUGGUGAUUCUGGGCAAACUGAAGAUCUGGAAGUUCCCCUUCUACGUCCUUGCUCAGUUUCUUGGUGCUUUUGCUGGAGCUGCUGCAGUCUUUGGAUUAUACUAUGAUGCUUUCAUGGACUUCACCAGUGGGAUUCUGUCAGUCACAGGAAUCAAUGCAACAGGCCACAUUUUUGCUUCCUACCCUGCGAGACACCUGACGGUCCUCGGCGGCUUCAUCGAUCAGGUGGUGGGGACGGGCAUGCUGGUGCUGUGUAUUUUGGCUAUCAUUGACGACGGGAACAUCGGAGCUCCUAAAGGCGUGGAGCCGCUGGCCAUCGGUCUGAUCAUCAUGGCCAUCGGUGUGUCCAUGGGGCUGAACUGUGGGUACCCCCUGAACCCCGCCAGAGACCUGGGCCCCCGGCUCUUCACAGCCGUAGCAGGAUGGGGGAUGGAGGUCUUCAGCACCGGAAACCACUGGUGGUGGAUCCCUGUGGUGGGGCCCAUGGUGGGGGGGGUGGUCGCCGCCGUCGUCUACUAUGCGUUCAUCGAGCUGCACCACCCCCGCGCCGAGCCCGAGCCGACCCACGAGGUGGAGGAGGAAGAGGAGGAAGAGGAGGAAGAGGAUGAUGAGGGGAACAGCAUCAAGGACAAAUAUGAGAUGAUCACCAUGAGCUAAAAACAAAAAGACUUUCAGGACUUUCUGGUCAAAUUAAUCUGCACUCAGCGUCCAUCUGUACGGAGGUUUCCUCUGUGUCCACACCAAAUACUGGACUGUCUCCUCUGAAAUAUAACUUUUUAUGUUUUAUGUUUCAUAAGCACAUAGAUCUCAGUCCUGUGGGCUUCACAUUGUUAACAUACACAUGUUGUAAAUACUGUAUUAUAGAUAUUAGACCCUUUAUUUGGAUAAACUAUACAUCUGAUACUGAACUAGUAGAUGUAUAUCCCUGUCAAUCUCCUUUUAGUUUUGCUCCCUGUUUACACCAGUGGUUGUGUUGUUAUUCUCUGUAUAUCUACUUUUGUUUUCUGUUGUUCUAACUUAUUAUUGUUUUCUUCUUUUGCAAACCAAGAGGAAUCCUCCCUUCUAUGCUUUCUUAAUUAUUGUGUUUUGAUCUGUGUUGUUUUGUCUACAUUAAAGUUUCGACAAAUA